AUGGAUGUUAUGAGAACUACUGCAACCAGUCUUCAAGUGAUUACAACCACUACCAUAACAAACACCGAAAUAAAUGAUACACUGAUUAGUGGUGACAAUAAUAGCGGUGACGAGUAUUAUCUUAAAGACAACCAAACUUUCAAUGAGGUCGAAGAGUUUGACUUAUAUCAAGUUCCUACAGAAUUGGCAAUAUUUUUAUCAAUUUGUUACUGUUGUGUCUCUUUGUGCGCCGUUAUCGGCAACUCAAUGAUCAUAUGGAUAGUUCUUCGGUCGGUACGGAUGCGGUCGGUGACCAACUAUUUUAUUGCAAACCUCGCGUUUGCCGAUAUACUGAUCGGUGCCUUUGCCAUACCGUUCCAGUUUCAGGCGGCACUUCUACAGCGAUGGGAUUUACCAUACUUUAUGUGCUCAUUCUGUCCAACCGUACAGGUAGUGUCUGUCAAUGUGUCGGUGUUUACGUUGACCGCCAUAGCAUUGGACAGGUAUCGGGCAGUGCUCCAUCCAUUGCAGGCGCGCACCACAAAACUAAAGACCAAAUUUAUUAUAAUAACCAUUUGGUUGUUCUCAAUAUUUGCUUCAAUCCCGACACUCAUAGCAUUCAAUGUUGAGCUCACAUGGGAUGAGACAACACAAGACUAUACCCUUCCGUUUUGUCACAACACUGGUCUCAGUGCACAAGUGUUUCGCUAUUACAACCACACUCUUGUGGCACUUCAAUACUUAAUACCACUGGUCAUCAUAUCGUAUGCCUACCUCCGUAUGUGUGUCCAUCUUUAUCUGGACGACGAGGCGCCGGCCAACUCUAGGGUCGACGCAACGCACGUUAAUCGCAACAAAAAACGAGUAAUAAAGAUGUUGUUUAUUGUUGUGGCACUGUUUGGCAUUUGUUGGUUACCCUAUCAAUUGUAUAACAUAUUACAGGAAAUAUAUAUCGAAAUUAAUAAAUAUCGUUAUAUUAACAUAAUAUGGUUUUUUUGUCACUUUUUGGCAAUGUCCAAUUCAUGCUAUAAUCCAUUUAUUUAUGCCAUCUAUAGUGAGCGAUUUAACGCUGAGUUUCGGCACCGGUCUGGGUGCUGUUGUUGGUGUCAGUGCUGUCGACAGAUAGGUCCGCACCGAACAAACAAUGGUAACACUAUUGUUGUGACCACAACUACCGAUGUGGAGCACAGCCAAUGGCUAACCCAUAGCCACAUUAGUCCCCAAUUGAAUCAUUUUGAUAGCAGUCACCAACCGGAGAGUCUUGAAAAUCAUCACAAAAAGAGUACAUUAGUACGCAUUCCUCGCAUACCAACAAACAACUCAAAUAUUGGACUAACUGUCCAUCAAAUGCUUGCAAUUAAUACGCAAAUUAAUUCAAUGAAUACCGGAGUCUAA